AUUGCUUAAAGUACGAAAUGUUAGUAGUCCGAAGUCACUAAAUUGUCACAUGAUAAGUACAAAAUGGCGGACAUAGCUAACUUCAAACAAACGAGUUUAGGUGUAUUUCUCCUAACAUGGGGAAUGACAGUUUGCUAUGAGGCACGUUCAUUUAGUAUUGACUAUGACAAUAACACAUUCACAAUGGACGGUAAACCUUUCCGCUACAUAUCCGGAAGUAUCCAUUAUUCAAGGGUGCCAUACCAGUACUGGGAUGAUAGAUUACACAAAAUGGCAGCUGCAGGGCUAAAUGCUAUACAAACUUAUGUUCCCUGGAAUAUACAUGAAACUGUAGAAGGUCAAUAUGACUUUGAAGGUCAGCAGGAUAUUGUAAAGUUUUUACAAACUGCACAAAAAUACAAUCUUGCUGUGAUUCUUAGGCCAGGACCUUAUAUAUGUGCUGAAUGGGAAUUUGGAGGACUUCCAGCCUGGCUGUUGAAAAAUCCAAAUAUAAAAGUUAGGACUACAGACCCAGAUUAUUUGCAACCUGUUGAAAGAUGGAUGACAAAGUUGUACUCAGUAAUCUCCCCUUUGUUAUAUAAAAAUGGAGGUCCAAUUAUCACAGUGCAGAUAGAAAAUGAGUAUGGCAGUUACCCAGCUUGUGAUUACACAUAUCUGGAAACAUUACGUGAUAUAGCUAGGAAAAACCUAGGCACGGAUGUUGUAUUAUUUUCAACAGACGGUGAUGGUGAUGGGUAUCUUAAAUGUGGAACUAUUGAAGGAGUUUAUGCAACUGUAGAUUUUGGAAUCACUUAUAACCCACAGAAGAACUUCGAUAUACAGAGACAUAAGGAACCCAAAGGUCCUUUGGUAAAUUCUGAGUAUUACACUGGUUGGUUAGACCAUUGGGGACAAAAUCACUCCACUGUUCCUACAGCAGCGGUGGCCAAAAGUCUGGAUCUAAUGCUUGCACUAGGAGCAAAUGUCAACAUGUACAUGUUUGAAGGUGGAACAAAUUUUGGUUUCUGGAAUGGUGCCAACUACCCAUAUCAUCCAGUACCAACAAGUUAUGAUUAUGAUGCUCCACUCACCGAGGCAGGAGAUAUCACUGACAAAUAUAUGCAGCUUAGAAACACCGUUGCUAAGUAUAACCCUGGAGCUAGAAUGAAGAUACCCCCUUCUACACCUAAGGUUGCUUAUGGCAAAGUCCAGAUGAUAUUUGUUGAAAGUAUAAUAUCUUAUGUUGAUGGGACAUCUAAACCAAUAAAGUCUAAAUAUCCACUGAACAUGGAGGAUAUUGAUCAUUAUUACGGGUUUAUUCUGUAUGAACAUCAACUAAAGUCAGCAGUGUCACAUGGGAAAGUUGAUCUAUCAGGUGCUAGAGAUAGAGCAUAUGUCAUGACAAAGUCUGGAAACAUUGUGAGUUCAGUUGGAGUAACAGAGAGGGACAGCAAUAAUGUGACCUUGACAUUCAGUGGUAAAGCAGACGACAGUUUGUUUAUACUUGUAGAAAAUCAAGCUCGAAUAAAUUAUGGAGGACAAAUGAACAAUAACCUUAAGGGUUUGAUAUCAAAUGUCACUCUGAAUGGAAUGAAUUUGACAGAUUGGUUGAUUUAUCCUGUCAACAUUGACAGUGAUAUCAUGAACAGACAGUUAAUGAUGUCAUCAAGUAAACCAACAUCUGCAUUAGAUUCGAGAUUACCAUCCGUAUUCACUGGAAAGUUUGAAAUUACAGAUGAGCCUAAUGAUACAUAUUUAGAUAUGUCAUUAUGGACAAAGGGUCAGAUGUUUGUAAAUGGUGUAAAUAUCGGCAGAUAUUGGCCAAGCUUAGGGCCACAAGUGCGACUCUUUGUUCCCAAAUAUGUGUUAAAGGAAGGGUCAAAUAUAAUUGCAUUGAUAGAACUGGAGAGACACCCAUGUGACAGUAUGGAGCACUGUUAUAUAACAUUCUGUGAUAAACCUUUAAUUAAUUCCACUGUAAGUCCAGGAGAUAUCAGUUUACAGGUACAUGGUGACAUUGAUAAGACAGUAUACAGAGGAAAUUUAACAUAUUUUGAAACUGGAACUAAAACACAAAACACUGGAAAUAGCAAAUUGUCUUUAUUCCAAAUGGUUUACAACAUUGUUAUGAAAAUUGUUGAAAGCAAAUGGGGAGUACUUCUGUUGUGAUGAGAAACUGUAAUACAGAAGAGAAUAUAAUAAAAUAUAUGCUAUAUAAAGUUACAUAGAAUUAACUUGCAACUGAUUUUGUUGAUUUUAAUAUUACAUUAAAGUUGCAUGCCUCGAGAUGAGCCAAAAUAUUUCAAGAAAAUCAGACUUGAAAAAAAUGUACUAAGCUUUUGAGAAAAUGAAAAAGGUCUAAGAUUCAAAUAUUAAUUAACAUGUUAUGUGUGAUUUAUGACUUGCAGUAUUAAUUGUAUUAUCAUAUUUCUAGUGCAUAACUAUUGCAGUUAAGGCUUUUUUUGCAAACAUUAAUGAGCAGCGUCAGGACAAAACCAACAGAGUGCGUUUGCGACCAGCAUGGAUCCAGACCAGCCUGCACAUCCGUGCAGUCUCAUCAGGAUCCAUGCUGUUCGCUAUCAGUUUCUUUACUUGUAAUAGGGUUGGUAAGUGAACAGCAUGGAUCCUGAUCAGACUGCACGGAUGCGCCGGCUGGUCUGGAUCCAUGCUGGUUGCAAACGCACUAUGUUGGUUUUGUCGUGAUGCGGCUCAUUUGUAUUUUGACUAUUUUUUGAUGCUUACAUGAAUCAUAAGUGCCAUUAGCAAUGUGUAAAUUACAUUCUUUGUUCUCUUCACAAUAUUUCAUUUUAUAAUACAUUUUCAAAAUUUUCAUGAAAAUUGAAGCAACAUGUACUAGAGGCAAUUUUUGUUGCCUGUUGCUUUUAUACAUAUGGAGGUGUAAAAUAUGUAAACAUUCAAAUAAAUUGUGCAAUACAAUAUUAAAAUGUGAUAGUUUGAA